UCUCCUGCCUCAGCCUCCCGAGUAGCUGGGACUACAGGGGUGCACCACCUACGCCCGGCUAAUUUUUUGGUAUUUUUAGUAGAGACGGGGUUUCACCGUGUUAGCCAGGAUGGUCUCGAUCUCUUGACCUCGUGAUCCGCCCGCCUCGGCCGCCCAAAGUGCUGGGAUUACAGGCGUGAGCCACCGCGCCCGGCCGAAAGGGGGGAUAUUAAUCAUUACUCCAGGACGACAGAGGGAAAAUCGCUUUGUACUGGACAAACUGGAAUGUCUGAUCAACCAUUAUAAAGUGCACGGAGUGGGAGGAGGAAUGGGGACUUUUUAAUUGUAUUUCUAAAAAGUAUCGUCUGUGGUGAAUCGGCAACAAAACUCGUUCUUUACCACAGGCAGUUUAAGCGCUGCCUGAAAGAUCGAAAGACGGUAAACCACAGACGUGAGAAACGGAACUUUACGAAAACGCAGUCGUUUUAUGUACCGGCUACUCAUUGGAGUUACACCAGAGACUCACUACUGGAGUUCAUCAGCCAAUCCAAAGUCCAAGCGUGAGAGCCAGAGCCUGUAGGAGAGACCUGGGCAGGCCUCAGACCUGAGGAGUGGAGCUCCGCAUCACUCAACCCUGGGGGCGGAGCUAGCCCGGGCUCCCACACCUGACGCUCUGGCCCACACAGACGCUACUCUGUAGCAUCUCAGGUUCCCUCUGGCUGCACUCUGGAGGACCACACUCGUUUUCUUUUUGGCUGCCAGAGGCCCCGCAUCCACCGCUGAGCUGGGAGAAAGAUGGCGGCAGCCGUGCGACAGGAUUUGGCCCAGCUCAUGAAUUCGAGCGGCUCUCAUAAAGAUCUGGCUGGCAAGUAUCGUCAGAUCCUGGAAAAAGCCAUUCAGUUAUCUGGAGCAGAACAACUAGAAGCUUUGAAAGCUUUUGUGGAAGCAAUGGUAAAUGAGAAUGUCAGUCUCGUGAUCUCGCGACAGUUGCUGACUGAUUUUUGCACACAUCUUCCUAACUUGCCUGAUAGCACAGCCAAAGAAAUCUAUCACUUCACCUUGGAAAAGAUCCAGCCUAGAGUCAUUUCAUUUGAGGAGCAGGUUGCUUCCAUAAGACAGCAUCUUGCAUCUAUAUAUGAGAAAGAAGAAGAUUGGAGAAAUGCAGCCCAAGUGUUGGUGGGAAUUCCUUUGGAAACAGGACAAAAACAGUACAAUGUAGAUUAUAAACUGGAGACUUACUUGAAGAUUGCUAGGCUAUAUCUGGAGGAUGAUGAUCCAGUCCAGGCGGAGGCUUACAUAAAUCGAGCAUCGUUGCUUCAGAAUGAAUCAACCAAUGAACAAUUACAGAUACAUUAUAAGGUAUGCUAUGCACGUGUUCUUGAUUAUAGAAGAAAAUUCAUUGAAGCUGCACAAAGGUACAAUGAGCUCUCUUACAAGACAAUAGUCCACGAAAGUGAAAGACUAGAGGCCUUAAAACAUGCUUUGCACUGUACGAUCUUAGCAUCAGCAGGACAGCAGCGUUCUCGGAUGCUAGCUACUCUUUUUAAGGAUGAAAGGUGCCAGCAACUUGCUGCCUAUGGGAUCCUAGAGAAAAUGUAUCUAGAUAGGAUCAUCAGAGGAAAUCAACUUCAAGAAUUUGCUGCCAUGCUGAUGCCUCACCAAAAAGCAACUACAGCUGAUGGUUCCAGCAUCUUGGACAGAGCUGUUAUUGAACACAAUUUGUUGUCUGCAAGCAAAUUAUAUAAUAAUAUUACCUUCGAAGAACUUGGAGCUCUUUUAGAGAUCCCUGCAGCUAAGGCGGAAAAGAUAGCAUCUCAAAUGAUAACUGAAGGACGUAUGAAUGGAUUUAUUGACCAGAUCGAUGGAAUAGUUCAUUUUGAAACUUCUGGCAACCACCAAUCCAUCUUCUGUCUCUGGAUUUACCUAGUCUGGAUAGUUCAUAUAAAUGGAAUCAUACAAUAUGUGACAUGUGACCUUUUGGCUGAUUUCACUCAGCAUAGUAUCUUUAGGGUUCAUCCAUGUCAUGGCAGCACGAGAAGCCCUGCCAACGUGGGACAAGCAGAUCCAAUCACUUUGUUUCCAAGUGAAUAACCUUUUGGAGAAAAUUAGUCAGACAGCACCAGAAUGGACAGCACAAGCCAUGGAAGCCCAGAUGGCUCAGUGAAUCCUUGCAGAACUUCUGUGCACAUGACAUCUUUUUCCAUGUUGUGCAGAUCAGUUUCACUAUCUCCAAAGCAUUUGCAUCAUGACCUUAUACAUUUCAAUCCCUUUUAUGCUGGAUUCCGUUUAAAGAAGACAUUAUUAGAGCAGGAAGUACAAGCAUUUAAAAAUAUGUAGUUCCCAUAUAUUUCAGGGUCUCUGUGUAUUAAGCUAACUCAGAUGUUUUGAAAGCUUUUUCUUUAAACAGAGGUGAAAUAUCUGUGGCUAAAAAGUUUGAGAUUUGUGAUAACUUUGUAGUCAUGUAAAACUUAAGUGCUUCAUGCCUCUCCAAAUGUGGUUAUUCUAAUAAAUGGAGAAAUGAGCCAAAUAAAA